AUGCCGCGCUGUUACAUCGUGAAAAAGCAACAUCCGCCGGCGAUGCCGGCGUACCGGAAUCGAACCACGGUGGUAACGGCCACCGGUGGCACCGGGGGCAACCAUCAGCAGCCACAGCAACAUCAAACGACCACGCGACAGGUGCUGGUGGUCAACGGGAAAACGCUCAAGGAGCAGAGCGAACCGGGCCGUACCGGUACGGUAAGGUCGGCCGGUAGAAGUGUCGGGUUGGGUGGUGGUGUUGGUGGUGGUGGUAGCAGUGCCUUGGGAAAUGUUAUUGUGAAAAAUGGAAAAGAGCCAACGGGCGGCAACAAUCUCGUGCUGCUGAACAGUGUCAGUGUCAUUAGCGGUGGCCCGGCCGGUGGCGGCAGCGUUGGCGUGCUGGAGGUGAACAAGCACGAGGGUGGCACUGGUGGCAAGGCGGAUAGUGUGGGCAGUGUUAGUUUUACGCUCGCGAACGGUGGGACUGGCGGCGGCGGUGGGACUGGCAUUGUGCAGCGGAAGGACGAUUCGAGUGGCCCGGUCAGUCCGACCGAGGGCUGCGUUGCGCCGAUCUACUACACCAACAUUUCCGAGAGCAAGAGCGGAUUCACCAUACCGCUCAGCGACUUCCGAACAUUCAAAUGUGGGCCAAACAGCAACAGCAACACCAAUAUAAUCAAUGUGAAGACCAACUCCUCCCGGCAUCUGUCGGUAAGUGCUUCCCCUAGCGCCGGCAGCCACCCGGACGCAAACGCCACCGCUGCACCCGGUCCGAUCGUAACGAUUCGUGCGGCCGCCUCCUCCGGGCACGGUACCGGCACGACCUUCGUCACUAACGGCGGACAGCAGCAGCAAGUGCUGCUCGCAUCGAUAGGCGCCAAAUCUGGCCGUAAUAAUCCUAAUUAUGGCAUCGGCAGUCACAGUAAUGGGCCGAACCGACGCGAUGGCACCGGGGCCAUCGAGUCAUCGAGCAGUGCCACACCGAACGGGACGACAACAACGCCGGCUUCGACGACGAUGGCAACGCUAAUUUAUGCCGAAGCAACGCCCGUUGCGCCGAUUGUGGCGGCGGCCGCUGCAGCUCAAGUGUCCGAUAAGCGGCAAGAUAAAUCAUCGCCCGUUCCAUCGUUCCACAGGUCCGUAACGGCGGCUGCAACAACAGGUCGACAACAGCCCGCACUGCUACUGCAGGCUCCCGCACCCGGCCAGCAACAGCAUCGUCGGGAGCAGCAACAGUCAAGUGCCGCCAUUUUCCAGCCACAGCAAACACCGGCACCCGCCCCGGCAUGCGAGCCGGCAUCGGCCGGGUACGACACCACAGCGGCCAUAUUUCGCGAUCGCAGCAUAGAAGAAACGGAAGCCGCACAUGAUUUAUUGUCACUGUCGCAGAGCUUGCCGCCGCUGACCGCGCCCUGCGUUGUUACGAUUUUGCAUCCUUCGGGCACUUCUGCACCGUCGGAUCCCCUAACGGACCCGGCCAGUCCCGUACUGCGCCCCAACAACACCCUGACCAAUGGAGCACAAAAUCACCCGCACCAGCCGGGUGGCAUCAUCAGCAUCGUGGAGGCGGCAUCGGCAGCUAAUUACCAGUGUCCGCCCGUCGGAUCCGGUCCAAUCUCGAUGAUAAUACCUUGCUACGAGCUAACGACAACGAUGCCCACCUCGGCGCACAGCGACGGCGAAAGCGCAACAACGAUAAAAACCAUCUCACCAACCGGUCCGCUAACGCCGCCCACAUCCGAACACUCGUCCGACACGGAAUGCUCCGGCAGCAGCUCCGUUUCGCCCGGUACCUCCUCGUCGUCUUCGUCCUGCUCGUCGUCGAGCGUGUUCUCCUUCGCGCACUCAAGUUCCUCGUCAAUCGCUUCCAAAUAUUCACCGCCGCGCUCCUCGAACUGCACACCCCCGGUCACGGAGAGCGCACCUACUGGCCGCCGUGCGAGCCGUCGACCACAGCAGCCAUCGACCAGCAGCUCCGUCACGUCGGUGAUUGUCAAUGGUUCAACACUGGCGGCCAACGCAACGCCAUCGUCCGGGGCGGGGACUCGCAAGCACAAAUCUUCCACAGCCGCUUCGGGCCAACCUGCGGCCAAAGUUCCCCUGCUGUCGAGUUCCAGCACCAAGGUGGUUGUGGCCGUACCGGGGCAGAAGCUCUCCAGCAGUAAGGCGGCGGAGCUCUACACCUACGAUGAUCUCAUUUCCAGCGACGGUCGAUCGAAAAAUCGUAAGAAGGCUUCCAAGGACACCGUUCAGGCUCAGACAGCAGCUGGAACCGUGUCUGCAACAAACUCCUCCAAACCGGGAGGACACUGUCCGCCAGCGGCUCCAAAGCUGGACGGAUCAGAGCAACCUGCCGCCGACUGUGACUCGGCCGGCGAAUCUUCAAGCGCACCGAGCGGUGGUUCCAACGGAAAGGGCAAAUACAAGUGUCCCGAGUGUGGCAAGCAGUACGCCACCUCGAGCAAUCUGUCGCGCCACAAGCAAACACAUCGGAGUCUCGACUCCCAGUCGGCCAAGAAGUGUGUUACCUGCGGCAAGGCGUACGUCUCCAUGCCGGCCCUCGCGAUGCAUCUCCUAACGCACAAGCUCUCGCACAGCUGUGGCGUCUGCGGGAAACUAUUCUCCCGGCCCUGGCUGCUGCAGGGCCAUCUGCGAUCACACACGGGCGAAAAGCCGUACGGUUGCGGUCACUGCGGCAAGGCAUUCGCCGAUCGGUCGAAUCUGCGGGCGCACAUGCAGACACACUCCACGGACAAGAACUUCGAGUGUAACCGGUGUCACAAAACGUUCGCCCUCAAGUCGUACCUCAACAAGCAUCUCGAGUCGGCCUGCUACAAGGAUGACGACCCGAACGGCAACCCGUCCGGUGGGGGCGACAACUCCCCCAUCACGAUGAUCGGCGGGCGGAAGAUCUUCCACAGCAGUCAGGACAUCGAUCGGGAUGAGUAUGCGAUGCGAAUGGCGAACGGUAGACAGGCCUUUCACAACGAUGACAGCUGCUCGACCACCACGAUCGAUGUGGUAACGGCCGAUCCGGGAGAUGACGACGAUGAAGAAGAUAUCGAUAUCAUAACGACGUAA